UAAGGUCCUUAUGAAUAAAGCAAAAACUUCUCCUCUACUUGGUCCAGGUUCUAGUAGCUCCUCGUCAAAGAUGAUACCUACAGAACACUAAUGUGUCUCUACGCAGCGUUUCACUGAAGACGCCCAUCGGAUAAUGGGUCCGAUUUAUGCGCCGACAGAGAGGAGUGUGGGCUGCGGCUGGGUGAUAACGAGCUGCCCAGGCGGCCCUAGGCGGUCAGCCUGCCCUCUGCAGGCAAACAUCCGUCGCGUCAGUGGCUGCGCCGCGCCACUUGCUGUCGGGAUGGAGCGGUACGCAGGUCGCGUCGCCCUGGUGACGGGGGCCAGCUCCGGGAUCGGAGCCGCCAUCACACAGGCGCUGCUGAGGCGCGGGCUCAAGGUCGUCGGCCUUGCCAGGAGGGUCGACAUGGUCAAGGCUCUGGUACUGAAGGAUGCUCCGGGUACGCUGUAUCCAUUGCAGGGUGACGUCAGCAGCGAGGAGAGUAUUCUAUGCACCUUCAAUUGGGUCAAAGAGAAUUUAGGAGGAGUCGAUGUCCUUAUCAACAAAGCCGGCGUUUGCAGAGAGAGUCUUCCGUCACCUGGACAGACAGCCGAGUGGAAGCGCAUACUGGACGUCAACGUGCUGGGGCUGUCCAUCUGCACCAGGGAGGCCGUCCAGGGAAUGCUGGACAGGGGAGUCGAUGACGGCUUCAUCAUCCACAUAUGCAGCAUAUUUGGUCACAUUAUGCCACUUGAUCCAUUGUACUCUAUGUACCAUGCCAGUAAGCAUGCUGUGAAGACUCUGCUUGAAGGGCUGAGGAAAGACUUGGUUGCUAGGAACAGCAAGAUACGAUGUGGGGAAAUAUCGCCAGGACUUGUGAAAACAGAAUUAUUCCAUGCCUUAAAAAAGAAUUCGCUUGAAGUACUCGAGAAUAUGCGUAUGCCUAUCAAGGAAUCUGAGGACAUAGCGGAUGCAGUUAUCUAUAUGUUAUCGCAACCUCCACGUGUUCAAGUCUGCGAUAUUAUCCUCCAUCCAACCGGAGAUUUGUUGAUCUGACAAAAAAUUAAAGUGCUUCAUAAAAUUUGCGGAGGAAACUACGAUUCUAUUACAAGAGCCAUACUUGCAUAUACGACGCUAAACGUAAUAGAAAAUCCAAAUUCAAGCGUAAACAGCCAUGAAAAUAAUUUCUCGAUGUGGUAUUUGGUAAUGGAAUUUUAUAGAUUUUAGCUUGUUGUUAAACGUUGAGCUUUCAUCAGUAUGAAUGGUGAAAUUGAAAAAGCUAAGAGAGCCUAAGAGCGGAAAGCUACAUCUAUUGUAUUAUCAGUAACACAAUACAAGAAUAAACAAUGAGAAAUAAACUUGGCACUCGGAAACAGGAUCAGUCUAUUCGUGUGAACCAUUCCAAUGAAAUUCCUAAAGUUCAUGGUCUAAUUACUCAGGUGCACAUCAACAAAC